AUGAAGUACUGCAGCGCAAUCCUCCUUGCAGCCUUUGCUGCCACCAAUGUCUUUGCCCACGGUGUCGUAACAGACGUUCAGGGCGCCAAUGGCGUGACCUUGCCUGGCUUGUCCCUUAUCGAUGACACGCCCCGCGACUGCGCAUCGCCCCGUUGCGGUUCCGAGGCCGACACCUCUAUCAUUCGUAAGAACGAAUUGGGUACUUCAAAGGCUUCUGCUCUUGGCCGUACAAAUGGCGGUGGUCCGGUUGAUGCCGCCGCCAUGAUUUCCCUCUUCAUGGAUGGUGCUAGUGGCAACAGCACUUCUGUCAAGAAGGCCCGCGAGCUUCAUCUCGCCAAACUCGCCGCCCGUGGUCUACUGCCACGCCAGAGCGGCGGCACGAAGACUCCCAAGGGCACCGUUGAGACGGGCGUCAAGGCGGCCACCGGCGCUGCCGCAUCAGACGGUCUGCCUACAACCGCAGAUGACGGCACCCUCACAAUGACCUUCCAUCAAGUCAACCAGGAUGGCGCUGGCCCUCUCACAGCGGCUGUAGAUGCGACCUCUGGCGGCACAGAUCCUUCAGCCUUCAAAACUGCCCAGGUCACUCAGAAUGUCCCUGGCAUCGGCAUCGGCGGACUUUCGGGCGCCACUACCAUGGAUUUCCCUGUCGCGAUUCAGAUGCCGGCAGGCAUGACCUGCCAGGGCUCUGUUGGUGGCGCCGAGAACGUCUGCAUCGCUCGCCUGCAAAACUCGGCUCUGGCUGGACCUUUCGGUGGCUCUGUCGCCUUCACACAGAGCCCGGCUGCGAAGAAGCGCGCUAUCGAGUAUAACUUGGCCAAGCGCCGAUUCGCAAGAUCUUUCAAGAAGGAGGAGUAA